AUGUCUACACCCUCCCCAUCUCCUUCACCGCCACCACCACACUCACCACCCACAAACCCCACACCCCUCUCUUCCAAGAAAACCCAACCUCUCCCCUGGAUCCACCAAGAAACUAUCCAGUUAAUCCAAGCCUACCAAGAAAAAUGGUACUCCUUAAAACGCGGUCAGCUCAAGGCUAGCCAGUGGGAAGAAGUAGCCGUAACUGUCGCCGCCCGCUGCGGCUAUGAUUACAACCACCCUUCGAAAUCCGCCAUCCAAUGCCGCCACAAGAUGGAGAAGCUCCGUAGAAGGUACCGCGAUGAGAAGCGGCUCAUCUCUCUUGGCGGCACUUGUUACUGGCAGUACUUUGAUCUCAUGGACUCCUUGGAACGUGGGCCUUUGCCAAUUUCUGCGCAGCCGCUGGCUCUAGUGCCCGCGCCCUUGCCCUGUCAAGAAAAUUAUAAUACUAGGAACAGAAACAGAAAUCAUGGUAUUCUUGGCGAAUACACGAAUGAUAAUGAUGAAGAGGAAGAUGAAGAGGAGGAUGAUUAUGGUUAUAGAAGCAAAUUAAGGAGCAGGAGCAUUAACUACAUACUUCGAAAGCCAACUAUUGUUAACAGGUAUGCGGGUGGUGAUUCAUCGGGUUCGGGGUUUUUGCGUGAGGCGGCAAAGAAGAGAAAGAGAAUUGUGGAAGAGGAGGAGGGAGAAGAGGUGGAAUUGGGGUUGGCAGGGCAAAUAAAGGGGUUUGCGGAGAGAAUGGUAAAGUUGGAGAGGAAGAAGAUGGAGAUGAUGAAAGAGACAGAGAGGUGGAGAAUGGAGAUGGAGAACAAGAGGCUUGAGAUGAUUUUAGAUUCUCAUAAGAAGAUUGUUGAUAUGAUUGACCAAGCUUUUGGUCUCUGA